GGUUUGGAGUCAGGGACUUCGCCUUCUAACCCUCUCAUGCAGCAAUCACAUCAACAGCAGCCGCAGUGGGGGGGUCUUGACAGACAGCCAGGUUUAGAGGCCACAGGCAUUCCAUUCAGGGUGCACCCUAAUCCGCAAUGGUCGCAUAUCAAUACUCAGACCGCGAGGGCCACCUCCCUGUACGAUAUCCUCACCACCUCAAACUCGUUACAACUCUCAUCUAACCCGGCCCGAGUGGGAUAAUAGACAAAGGGCCCAGGAAAUGUGGGAUCGGACACAAGCCAGGCGACCAAUACCACACUACAUGUAUGGGCUCCACAUGGGAAAGCUGAUUUUUACUCAUCAUAUUUCUGAUCGCAAGAGUUUAGAGCCCCCUUUGAACACAUGUCUCUGACGCCAUUGCCUACGCAGCUUUCACAAAUCGGCCCAGGCUCCUCCGCUUCAGAGGCCGCGGGGUGGGCAUCGCCAUUCCAAGAUGUACACAGAGAUCCGACAGAAAGGGAAUUUGAUUUUGGAUCCGACACGUUAGGAGGUGUGGAGCCGCUAUAUGAGAGUGAUAGGAUCAUUCCAAGUUACGUGGUUGAUAGAUUCUUGAAGCAAAACCUGCGAGCGAAAGGCUAUUUUUGCGUUUUCCAGCCAACAUUUGCUUUGGAGCGAGACCUGUCGAUUAUCGUUGACGGGCUGUUACCCCAGUCGAGUACACUAAGGGGAUGGAGGGGUGGAUGUAUCGUCGGGCAUCUGUUCGAGAUGACUUGGUGGGGGACUCUGCGCUAUUAUGGGAAGUUCCGUGAAGAACGCGAAAAGUUCGGGAGGGACUGGGAGAACAAGUUUGGCGGAUGCAUCGCAGAUGUUACAAAUCCCACCCUUGCGUCUCUCGCCUACGUUAAGCGGCAUGGGCGCACAUCUGAGAUGCUCGAUGUGUUGAGUAAGAACGAUACCGUGGGUGAUACAUCGUACACUUCCUCUUCUCUUUAUCCUGGAAGCGGGUCCUUUUGGAGGUUGUUCGGGGAGGUCAAGACCUCAAGUCCGACAACAGAGUAUUUACUCUGGAUCGAGCUCCCGAGGUUAAUUGCAUAUAUCAUCUCAUGGGACAUGAUUGAGGUGAAGGACAUCUUGUGGUAUAUAGAAUCGGGGUAUUGGCGCGGCACUGAUUCUUAUGACCGCGGUGCUAUCAGUGUAAACCUGAGAAUACCUGUAAGUGCGGAGGAGUGGAAGGGAAAUGGCUGGAGCUACACGGAGAGGAAGGGGAUGGAGGUCCUUGUGGAAUAA